UGGUCGCAGGCGGAUGGCGGAAAGUUGGGGAUCAUUCCCCCGCCUUCGGGAGCAGCAGGACCGCGGGAGCCCCAACUCCAGCCCGCGGUCGGGCCGCGGGAAAGCGGCGGCGAGUGGCCACCGCCGGCACCUGGGCCACGGCCACCGUCUGAGGAAAGUCACGCUGACCAAGCCCACCUUCUGCCAGCAUUGCACCGACUUCAUCUGGGGGCUCGGCGGCUUCCAGUGCGACCUUUGUAACUUCAUGUGCCACGAGAAAUGCCUAAGAAAUGUGAAGACGCUUUGUUCAUGUUUGGCACCGAACCUGGUAAAGAUUCCUGUGGCACACUGUCUUGGAGUUCCUGCACAAUACAAGAAGAAAUUUUGCGCUGUAUGUAGAAGGCAAUUGGAAGAGAGUCCUGCAACACGAUGUGAAGUGUGUGAGCUACACGUCCAUGUUGACUGUGGUCCUUUUGCCUGCAGUGACUGUAGGCGCUGCCAUCAAGACGGGCAUUAUGAUCGGGAGUCUUAUCACCAUCACUGGAGGGAAGGAAAUCUCUCCUCCAGCGCACGCUGUGAUGUCUGUAAGAAGUCAUGUGGCUCAUCAGAAGUGUUAUCAGGAAUUAGAUGUGAAUGGUGUGGGACAACAGUUCAUGCUGACUGCUACAGUAGCCUCACACCAGAAUGUAAUUUUGGAAGGUUGCAGAACAUGAUAUUGCCUCCAAAUUGUGUGCGUGUAUGUGCACGCAACUUCAGCAAGUUCCACUGUUUUCGGAUAUCAGAAACUGCACAAAUGGAACAAGUUGUCAACGAUGGUAAUGAUGAUCAUGCCGAUACUGGGAAUCAUGCAUCAUAUAAAGAUACGCAAUCUGCUGCCACAACUGAUUCAGGCAAACAGACCUUAAAAAUAUUUGAUGGAAACGACACAGUGAAACGCAAUCAAUUUCGACUAAUUACUGUUCCUCGAAUUUCAAAAAUAGAAGAAGCAGUGGAAGCUGCACUGAGAGCAUACUACAUCCCAGAUGAUCCUCAGGAAUAUGAACUCCAAACAUUUACCCAAGACACUGUCUGCAGUGACGAUAUUAUCAACCGCAAUGGAGGCAGCAUGGAAAGCAGGAACCUGUCAGUAUUCCGAGAUACAAUUCCUGAGGCGUGGGUAUUACGCGCAAAGCCAAGAGAUUAUGAAAUAGUCAAAAUUUAUCCUGGAUGGUUAAAGUUUGGAGUGGCUUAUAUCUCCAUUCCUAUAAAUAUCGAGACUACAGUCAAAGCAGUUAUCCAGGAAGUCCUUGUACAACUGGGCAGACAGGAUGAAAAUAUUGAAGAUUUUGAACUAGCUGAGGUACUCAUGGGCUGUAAGCAGGUGCAGUGUGUGCUGCUAUCUCAGCUUGAACUGAUGCUUGGCAGACUUCAAGAUAUUAGAAAGACCUCAGUCCGACAAAUGAACCAGACACGGUUUUAUAUCAAAAAGAAACAGAACUCAGUGGAACAGGUGAAUCUGCUACUCAUGGGUCUUCCUCCACAGCUCUCUCAGGGCGAGUACCUCUCACUUCUUAAAAGUCACCUGGAGAUCAAAGGGGAUCUGGUAUCCUUUAGUUAUGUUUACAUAGACCAAGGUGCUGUUGUGCUGGAAAUCACAUGCUUUGCUGAAGCGGAGAGGAUUUAUACACUAGUUAAAGAUACUACUGUCAAUGGCAAACAACUUGCAACAGUUAUAAUCCCAGUCAUUGAGGUCACACAGCUACCGCAGGACUCCUACCCUCUCCUUCUGUUUGUGAACCCAAAGAGUGGGGCCCUUAAAGGGCGAGAACUUCUGUACAGCUUCCGGAAGCUUCUGAACCCUCAUCAGGUCUUUGAUCUUUCUAAUGGAGGGCCUCUAUCUGGACUGCACACAUUCCGGGAGGUGCCAUUUUUCCGAAUACUGGUUUGCGGAGGAGAUGGAACAGUUGGUUGGGUUCUGGGCGUGCUGGAAGAGAUUCGAUACAAACUGAAUUGUCGAGAGCCUCCAGUUGCUGUGUUACCUUUAGGAACAGGCAAUGAUCUAGCAAGGGUGUUACGCUGGGGACCUGGUUACAGUGGUGAAGACCCCUUCUCCAUUCUGGUUGCAGUUGAUGAAGCAGAAGAGGUCCUUAUGGAUCGUUGGACAAUCCUUCUUGAUGCCCAAGAAGUUAUUGAUGGCACAGAAAAUGGUGUCCCUGAGCUGGAGCCUCCAAAGAUUGUACAAAUGAACAAUUAUUGUGGAAUUGGAAUUGAUGCUGAGCUGAGCCUCGACUUCCAUCAAGCAAGGGAAGAGGAUCCUGACAAGUUCAACAGCAGGUUUCAUAACAAAGGAGUUUAUGUAAAAGUUGGGUUGCAGAAGAUUAGCGCCACACGUAGUCUGCACAAGGAUUUAAAGCUUCAAGUGGAUGAUCGUGAAGUGGAACUUCCAAAUAUUGAAGGCCUCAUUUUUUUGAACAUUCCCAGCUGGGGAUCUGGAGCAGAUCUGUGGGGGUCUGACAGUGAUGGUCGUUUUGAAAAACCCCGGAUUGAUGAUGGAAUGCUGGAAGUAGUUGGGGUCACUGGCGUGGUUCACAUGGGGCAGGUGCAGAGUGGGUUACGCUCUGGGAUCCGUAUUGCACAGGGGACGUAUUUCCAUGUCACGCUGCUAAAGUCAAUUCCUGUGCAAGUGGAUGGAGAACCUUGGAUCCAGUCACCAGGGCACGUCAUCAUAUCUGCUGCUGGCCCAAAGGUUCACAUGUUGAAAAAAUGUAAACAGAAACAGAAGAAGCAAACUGGUAGUUUCAAAGAUGCAAGAGCUGAGAGUUUGACCUCCUCAGAAAUGGGCAACUGAGAAGUGAUGUGGCAGCAACAGUUUGGAAAAGACUUGCAGUAUGACCACAUAAUCAAAAGAUUAUAUGCUGAAUCAUUUUAGAUCACUGCAGUUCGCAUUUUAAUAUUUUUGACAUUUAUUUGCACAUUUUCACUGGAAAGUUUCCUGUUAUAGUGAAGUAUCUGAUAUCCCAACACGGUGGCCUCAUAAGCAGGUGCUAAGUUAACAAUUAAGUGAUUUAGCCAAAAUAUUCUUCCUCUAGUAAACUGAACAGUGGAAUUAUUAUCAAAAUAAUGGCUGAUAAAUGGAGAUAUAUCUUUUACUCAUGUAUAGGAAAUGCCUCAAUGUUUCCCAUUAUAAGGGCCUGAUCUGGACUGAAGUGGACUUGAACUGAGUGACUUUUCUCAGUUCUGAGCUUUACUGCCUGCUCUACUUGUGCCAUUCAGCUCAUGACAUACAAAGCAAACCACGUAAAAGUGGCUAAGGGAACAUUUGUAUUCCAGGUUGUUACUGCUCGUCUCUUACUUUGAAACAUUCACAAAUCAGUCCAGAGACUGUCCUAAUUUAGACCCAGACAUAAUCCCAUGAAAAGAUUUAAAUUCCUACAAUUAUAUACAUCUGACAUCUUUCAGUAGAAAGACAUUCCAAGUUGUUUACUUCUGAUUUUUUUCGUGGAGUGAGCAGAUAUAUUUGAACUUAACACUGUAUAGCUCAGUGUGUUAUGAAAUAAAUAUUUUGAAAGAGAAAAUAAUUUUGUGCAAGAAUAAUGAUAAUGUUUGUGGGCAGUGGAACAUUCAGGGAUAUAUCAUAUUCACAUGUAGAAGCAAUGACAAUCUAUCUAGCAGGUCCACACUAUUGUGAUAGAAUAUGAUUUGAUAUUAAUGUAAUCCUUUAAAAAAGGUAAUUUAACACACACACUAUUCAUAUUUUAUAAAAUCAAUGGGAUAAUCAAUAAAACGGUGAAUUAUCCUGAGUGUACACUUUGAUGAAAGUGUGUAACCAACUCUGCCCCCACCUGCAUAAGAAUUUCAGAUUCAUUCCAAUUUAAUGCAACCAUACAUUUUCUCCAGUGUUGCAUGUAGACAUUCUUUUAGGGACUUUGCCAAUGAAAUUAUUACCUAGCUAAAUCCAACAUUAGUGAACAAAAGGCAACUUUUGCUGCUGAUAAUAUUGUGCCUAGAAUAUUAGCAAGAAUAUACAGAUAUAUGUGUGUGUGUGUAUAUAUAUAUAUAUAUCGUGUAAGCUGCAUUGUAUAUUCAUGAAUCAGAAUCAGUGCCACUGGCAGCAGCCAAAAUGAUGUUUUUGAAAAGCUAAUGUUUGGAUCUUGGUUAUUUGUAAACAGGAAGCUAGUAAAGGGAAACACAAUGAUAUAGUAUCACGGGUUCUACAUUUCUGGUUGUAUCAAUGCAUACCAUCCAAAAACAUAAGAGCCAUUUUCGGAGAUUUGGGAAUUAAUCGGCUGGGUUUUGUACCACAAAUAUCGCCGCUGUCACAAUUAACACUCAUCAAGAUCUUUUUUGGGGAGAAGUGUCGGGGCCAUUAAAUAGUCAUACCAGUAAUACGUAUUUUAUUCCAAUUUUAAUAUAAUCUUGUUUAAUUCAGUUCACAGCCAGACUAAACUCUGUCUACACUAAUAUGUAGCAGCCUCCUUGCAACAAAUUUAAUUUAGUUCCAGAUUUCUCAUUCACCUUAAUUUCAGUUUGUCCAGCUGUAGGAAAGGAUAUGAUGAAGAGUAAACUUUCAGUUGAGUUGGAUAUAGUAAGGGCUGUGGUGUAAUUUUAAAGCUUGUACAUUUGAAUUAUUUCUUCAUUUUCCUAAAAUUGAUUUCGCUCAAGUGUUUCUAUGAAGUUUCAUGUAUGUAGCUAAAUGAAUGAAAAUUAAGUUCUUUGUUAGGUGUUACUGGAGUGAUUAAUCCUAAUUAGUUCAUACUAAAUACAGUUUUUAAAAAACUUUACAAUCUUUCCACAGUUGCCAUGAGGAAAAUAUUACAAUAAAUGGAUGUUUUCCUUUGCAAAAAGCAAGGUUUAGCAUUUCUGUUGCACCUUCAGUGAUGAGGAACUGCAGCCAUUGGAAAACAUUAACUUUCUCAGUUCCAAAAUGUUUACAUUUUGAAAUUCUAGAGUUGUAUUUUGGCAAUACUCAUGCCUUUUGAAAAAUAUUGAUUACAUAUUUGUACCUUUUGAUUUCACAGAGGCAAUUUUAUUUUGUUAUGCUGUUUAAAGCUUUGUGGAUUGAUAUAUAUGCUAAUGUUUUCAGUUUCCUGGGAAUAAUACUUGUGUAGGAACUUUAGAGAAAGUAUUUUUGUAGAUACACAAAAGAUAUUCAUUGGUUUGCUAGUUUAUAACAUAGCAUUUAAUGAAUCCAACACACAUUUCUGUAAUCACAUACUCAACAAGUCACAAUUUGAUUUUGUACAUUGGGUAUUUAUUUAUCUCCUAGGUCUUCCAGGAUUUACACAUUUUCCUGGAAGAGGGAAAAGAAAUGUUUCAUCAUUUUACUGGCCAAUGAAGAGAGGCAGCUCUGAGAAUUAAAGCUGUGUGUUGUUCCACCACAGUGUUUUACACUUAGAAAAAGCUCCUUUUGAUUUACAUUGUCCUUUUUGUGCAAGUGUUGUUUUUACUGAUGGCACAAGAUUGAAGGAAAUGGGGCACUUUAGUUCAGACUAAAAAGCUUGGAAUGGUUCUGUUGGCCAAUGAUGUAGAAGUUUGUAAUUAUUGUAACUGGCUGCAGAGCAGGCAACAAUUCUGGUUCGUGGUUACUGGUUUCCUGGAUGAGAUUGAUAAUUGGCAUAAGUGAUGUCAAACAAAAUGCUAAGAUUAAAACAUCUAGGUAACAACUGUCAACUUGAAUCAUCAGUCAGUUAAAAGACCUCAAAUUAAGAAAGCAAGUGAGCCAGUCCAUCUUCCUUAGUCAGCCACAUGUUUUUUCUGAGAACUGACAUAACUGCUUUCCAUCACUUUUAUUUUAGAAAAAUGACUCCUGCUCUAUAGUUGGGUGUAGCUUUAUUCUUAUAAACUGGUUGCAAUCAUGAAGUAAGUGGCUGUUUAUUAUGGUCAGCAUCGAACAGUAAGUAUAAAGCUAUAUUUCUAUAUUGUAGCCUAUUACCAGAUACUGUUGUUCAAAAUUGGAGAUUGUUACCAUUGUCUGGUGAUGGUUGUUUUACAAUAUUGUCUGAUGCGAAGGUGUAGAAUUUUAAUGUAACAUCACAUUUUACAAAGAAACUGUAAUAACCUAGGCAUUUGUCAGAUUUCUACAGUCCCAAUCAGUGGGAUUAGAACUGAAUUACACAACAAAAAAUUGAAAACGGUUAAACAGAACAAUUCUCUGAUCAAAAUACCAGUGUUUUCCAUACGCAAAUAAUUCUGGGGUUGGGUAAAUGAGUAAUUUAUAUAUAUAUUGCAGACAUCUGUCAGAUUAGAUUGGUAGCAAAUUCAUUUGUUUUCUUAAACUGCUGGAAUCCAUUUUAACAUGUUCAGUUUAUGUUCAAAAUGUCUGUUAAAGUAAGUGUGGGAUAUACAAAUAUAUUUACUUACUGUUUACCUGUGAUGAUUUAUUUUUUUCUUAGUUUGACUCAUGUAACGUUAGUUUUCAGAUCUCCUUUUUGUAGACCAAAACCUUUGGGAAUGUUUCUCAAUGUGUUAUGUUCAAUGUGGCUAAUAUACUGUACACAUACCUCAUCAGAUUCUCAUCAUUCCACCAUCAAUUUCUCGGAGCAAGAAUUUCCAUAAUUUGAUGUUAAUUAUAGCAAUUGUGUAUAUUUUGAAAUUCGGGUAAAUGGGUUGUUGUUGUGUUGUAAAAAAAAUUGCACUGAGUGUCAUAUAAUCACUUCUUUUGAAUGUAAUUGUGAUCAAUGAAAAAUCUAUGGCAAGAACAUCUUCAUUUAAAUAAAACUGGGAAUUGUGAAA